CUCUCUUUACAGUCACCUCUGCAAGAUACACCAAGAGAACAGUGUAUUAAGCAACACCUGGACCACAUUGUUGGAGCUGCUGACCUGGCUCAGACACGCCGUUUUCGCACGCGACCAUGGUGGCGUUUGUGGUGUCUCUGAAAAAGCUGUUUGUAAAGAAGGAUAGGUCUCCUAAAAAGACCCCAGGGAACAAGAUGGGCCCUGCUCAGGCGGUGACUUACAAGGGCCACAAGAGGCAGAACUCCUCCAUCCCCGGUGCCAUCUCUUUCCUCGCCCCGAAAGACGCCACCGCUUCAGCUUCCAGCCCGACAAAGCCACCAUUAUCUGGAGCUGUGGGUGCUGUGUGGGAGAUUCCGCCUCUGCCUGCACUUCCGCCUUUUGCUAUGCCCAAGACGCAUUUCGAGCGGGCGCUGGAGGAGGUUAAUAGAGGCCGGUCGCCGGUGACGGAGACCGGCUUGGAGGGGGUAAAGCCGGUGAAAGCACCGGAGGAUUCAUCUGGUGGUGUUCAGGACAAGGUAGCUGCAAAGAAGGGCGAGGGCGAAAGGAAGGUACGAGUGUGACGAGCAUACUAGAGACUGUCCCGCUGUAAAGUAAAGCUCCUAGAUCGAACGCAUGGACACUUGGAAUGUUGAAUGAGUGGACGUAAAGAUGUAUCUGCGCUCUUUC